AUGGAGAGCAACGAGGAUCCGACACUCCAGGUCAACGUGGGCCUUUCCACUCAGAGCAGCCCUGCCUUCCCAUUGCUACCGGGUGGACUACUGCCUUAUGAUGGCAGUUGGCAUGUCUGGGAGACCGCAUACAAAGCGGCAUGCAGACGGAUCGACGAGCUGUUGGCAGAGGUAGCGUACUUGCACAUGGAGCUGGCCAGUUUGGAAGCUCGCAACCUCGGCCUGACCCGGGAGAAUCAGCGUGUGAACUUGAUUCUCAAGCACCUGGUGUGUUCAGGUUUCCAGUCGCUCGAAACUCGCUCACAUUGCCUAGGUGCCAUGGGCGUCCGUCACACCUUCGACCAGCAGAGAUAUGUCUGA